UUGGCAUUCGAAAAUGUCGACGGCCAACCCCCGCCGCAACAAGAAUGGCGAAGUGAUCAUCAAGUCCGGUGUGCUCUUCAAGAGAGGCUCCGGCGGGGGUCUCUUGAAGCGGAAGAACUGGAAGCCUCGGUACUUCGAACUGACCCAGCAUGCGCUUCGGUACUUCACCGUGCAAGACGGCGAGUUGAAAGGCGACAUCAACCUCAAAAUGUGUGGCGAAGACACCCUCGAGAUCAUGCCUGCCGACUCGAUGAAGACGGGUGGGUCCGCGUCCACGAUAUGGCGUAUUGCUGUGAACACACCGGACCGCCGUCUCCUUGUUGCCGCCGGUACGGAGCACGAGAUGAACGACUGGGUCGACGCGCUCCUGGACGUGUUUCGCGCCAACACCACCGGAAGCGGGGGCGCUGGUCGGCCGUCCCAAAUGCAAAAGCUGCCUCCGCAGCAACAGCAUGCAGCGGUGGCGGUCCCACCGCGUUCUAGUAUCGCAUCCAAGUCGCACUUUUGGCCGUCCGACUACUCUGACAACGACUCGUCCUCGGACACCGACGAUGGACGGCACAGCCACGCAAGCAGCGGCAGCCGUCAUAGCACCGUGUCCGCCUCUUCAAAGCAACAACAUCAGCACAUUGCCGAUCGCUUUAUCAUCGCGCUGCCUCCGCAUCGCCGCGUCGCGGGAGAUUCUGGCAGCCGGACUGCCCCAACCAAGCCGCCAUCGCUGGCUGCCAAAACCGAUUCCUUUGAAACCCACGGGGAAUACGCGUUCUAGGAGCCCCGUCAGUCUUGUUGAGGCCAUGGAAUUUUUAAGUUAUGGUGUGAUUGCCGCCACAUUCUUCUAGUGUUGGACACAUGGACAAUUCGAGUACUAUAUUCUUACAGUUCCAUUGUACUCCAGAGGAUAUAUAUAUAUAUAUAUAUAUAUAUUA